AUGCUGCAAGGUCAUAUGUUUUUCCUCUUUCUGGUCGAGGUGGUGCAGUUCACAGGGGUCCUGGCAAAUGGCUUCAUUAUGGUUGUCAAUGCCAUUGACUUGAUCACUCGGAGGAAAAUGGCCCCGUUGGAUCUGCUUCUUUCUUGCCUGGCAACUUCUCGGAUCAUUCUGCUGACGUGUGUCUUUUUUGGACAACUGGCUGUAUUCUGCUUGAUGAAAUACUCUUUAUUUACUGACUGCGUUGUCUUUGUCCUCUUUAUAAAUGAAUUGAGUCUUUGGUUAGCCACAUGGCUCAGUGUUUUCUAUUGUGCUAAGAUUGCUACCAUCUCUCAUCCAUUCUUCUUGUGGCUGAAGAUGAGGAUAUCUAGGUUGGUACCAUGGCUGAUACUGGGGUCUGUUUUCCAUGCAGCUACUAUUGCUCUGAUUCAUGGCAGAGAGACCGCAAUGAUUCCCAAACAAGUCUUUAAACACAUUUUUUCUGAAAAUGCAACUCAGGUCAGACAGAUUCAUGUCAUGCCACUCUCUGUCUUUAUCUUAGGGGUCACGCUGCCAUCAUUCAUCUUCAUUGUUGCUGUUCUGCUCUUGAUAUUUUCCCUGUGUAACCAUUGCUGGCAGAUGAGAAAUAUGGAGGGCACCAGGGAACCUAGCAGACAUGGCCACAUAGGUGCAAUGCUGUCCAUCCUAUCGUUCUUCAUCCUCUAUUUCUCCCACUACCUGGUGGCUAUUGUGGUCUUUGCUCAUGGCUUACCGUUAGGAAAUGUGAACUUUCUAUUCUGCACUUUGGUAGUUGGAAUAUACCCCUCAUUACACUCUGUCAUCUUAAUUUUAGGAAAUCCUAAACUGAAACAGAAUGCAAAAACAUUCAUUGUCCAUUGCAAGUGUUGUCAUUGUGUGAGAGCUUAG